AUGCCAGCGCUUUCGCUUCUGAUGUUCUCUCUCAUUUUGGGCGUGGAGUCCUUUCCGGAGUUCCCAAAGUCUUGGGGAUCUCCUCCACGAAUGAUGACCAUGGACUAUGUACCCUUAGCUGGAGGGUACGGACAUGGUUCCAGCUCAUUGUCCAGCUGGAUAUAUGGAAAGAUCCAGGAAGACAUCUCAACAGGACAGCCGCAGUUUCCUCCAGCCUUUGGUCCACCCCCAGAAGCUCAGACUAGGGAUCUCCGCGUGUUGCCCUUCGGCUAUGGGCAUGGAUCUGGUACACUUGUGGCCUGGCUGGAGAAGAAUGCCAAGGAAGUCUUCCGAGAAAAUCCUCAAGACUUUGAUUCCUGGGAGACCGUGCUAAGGAAGCGUGCAAAGAAAUCUUUGCGGUCCUCCGAGGUGACCAAGUAA